GUCAACAGCCGGGGUGGCACACAGACCGCACCAUGGUCUUCCUGGCGCCCGUCUUCUUUCUGCUCGGCCUCUGGGGCUCCUUGGCCGCAGUGUUCCUGGGCCCCGAGGAGGCCCAGCAGGUCCUGCACAGGCGGCGGCGCGCCAACACCUUCCUGGAGGAGCUGUGGCCCGGCUCCCUGGAGCGCGAGUGCAAGGAGGAGGCCUGCUCCUUCGAGGAGGCCCGCGAGAUCUUCAGGACGCCCGAGCGCACGAACCGGUUCUGGAUCACCUACACCGAUGGGGACCAGUGUGCCUCGAACCCUUGCCAGAACGGGGCCUCCUGCAUGGACCUGCUUCAAUCCUAUAUCUGCUUCUGCCCUGACGGCUUCUACGGCCGGAACUGCGAGAAGGACAAGAAGGCCGAGAUGUUCUGCAGGAACGAGAACGGCGGCUGCGAGCAGUACUGCACCGACCAGGCGGGCGGCGGGCUCUCCUGCUGGUGCCACGAGGGCUACUCGCUGGAGGCCGACGGGGUGUCCUGCAGGCCCACAGUCGACUUCCCCUGCGGGAAGAUCCCUGCUGUGGAGAAGCGCAAGGACGAACCCCAGGGCAGGAUCGUGGGCGGCAUCGAGUGCCCCAAGGGCGAGUGUCCCUGGCAGGCCGCGCUGAAGUUGGACGGGAAGCUGCUGUGUGGGGGGGUCCUGGUGGACCCCCUCUGGGUCGUCUCUGCCGCCCACUGCUUCGACCGGAUCCAGAGCUGGAAGAACCUGACGGUGGUGCUGGGCGAGCACGACCUGAGCGAGCAGGACGGCGACGAGCAGGAGCGGCCGGUGGCCCAGGUCAUCCUCCCCAGCCAGUACGUGCCGGGCCAGACGGACCACGACCUGGCGCUGCUGCGGCUGGGCCGGCCCGUGCAGCUGUCGGAGCUCGUGGUCCCGCUGUGCCUGCCCGACAGGGCCUUCUCGGAGCAGACGCUCGCGCUGGUGCGCUUCUCGGCGGUCAGCGGCUGGGGCCAGCUGCUGGACCACGGGGCCACGGCGCGCGUGCUCAUGACCAUCCACGUGCCGCGCCUGAUGACGCAGGACUGCCUCGAGCAGUCGCAGCGCCGGCCCGGCGCCCCCAGCCUCACCGAGAACAUGUUCUGCGCCGGCUACCUGGACGGCAGCAAGGACGCCUGCAAGGGGGACAGCGGGGGCCCCCACGCCACUCAGUUCCGCGGCACGUGGUACCUGACUGGCGUGGUCAGCUGGGGCCACGGCUGCGCGGCCGCGGGCCACCUGGGUGUCUACACCAGGGUGUCCCGCUACAUCGAGUGGCUCCAGAACCUCAUGGGCUCCGGGGCGAGCCCGGCCUCCGGCGGCCUGGUCCGCCGGGAGCCUGUGCGUGUCCUGGGGCGGGCAACCCCGCCUCUCCAAUCAGGAGACUGGGGGCAGCGGAAAGCCAGCACGCACCCUGUGGCCAGGGAGUGGACCUUGCCCCGCUGUCGUCACUGGGAGGAGAAGCUGCCCCUGGUCUCAGCCCCUGGACACGCCAUGGCAGGGCCCCUGCUCUGCGUCCUGCUUGGUGCCACCCUGGCCAGCCUGCUGCUGCCCGGGGGAAGCGUGUUCCUCAGCCGCGACCGAGCCCACGGGGUCCUGCAGCGAGCACGCCGGGCCAACUCCUUCCUGGAGGAGGUGAAGAAGGGCAACCUGGAGCGGGAGUGCCACGAGGAGAAGUGCUCGUACGAGGAGGCGCGGGAGGUCUUCGAGGACACGGACAAGACGAACGAGUUCUGGAACACGUACAUAGACGGCAACCAGUGUGAGAGCGGCCCGUGCCAGAACCAGGGCCAGUGCAAAGACGGCAUCGGCACCUACUCCUGCACCUGCCCACUCGGGUUCGACGGCAAGAACUGUGAGCUGCCCACGCGCAGGUUCUGCAGCCUGGACAACGGGGACUGCGACCAGUUCUGCCGAGAGGAGCGCCACGACGUGGUCUGCUCCUGUGCCCAGGGCUACGUCCUUGCCGACAACGGCCAGUCCUGCGUGGCCACAGGCGCUUUCCCUUGUGGGAAGCCCACCCCGAAGCGCAGGAAGAGGGCGGCCAGCCCCGAGCCCUCCCUGCUGCCAGAGCUGCCGGACGCCGAGGAGCUGCCCCCCACGCAGGACCCGGCCCAGCUGCUCGACCUCAACAGGACCGAGGACAGCUCCGGCCAGGACAGCAGCAGUUUGGUCCGCAUCGUGGGCGGCGAGAAGUGCCCCGAGGGCGAGUGUCCCUGGCAGGCCUUGCUUGUCAAUGAAGACAACGAGGGCUUCUGUGGGGGCACCAUCCUGAGCGAGUUCUAUGUGCUCACGGCCGCCCACUGCGUGCACCAGGCCAAGAGGUUCAAGGUGAGGGUAGGAGAGCGGGACUUGGAGAAGGAGGAGGGCGACGAGGCCGCGCACGAGGUGGACCGGAUCGUGAAGCACAACAAGUUCGUCAAGGAGACCUACGACUUCGACAUCGCGGUCAUCCGGCUGAAGACGCCCAUCGUCUACCGCGCCAACGUCGCGCCCGCCUGCCUGCCCGAGAAGGACUGGGCCGAGGCCACGCUCAUGACCCAGAAGACGGGCCUGGUGAGCGGCUUCGGCCGCACGCACGAGAAGGGCCGGCCGUCCACCGCGCUCAAGAUGCUGGUGGUGCCCUACGUGGACCGCAACGCCUGCAAGCUCUCGAGCAGCUUCACCAUCACGCCGCACAUGUUCUGCGCCGGCUACGACAGCAGCCCCGAGGACGCCUGCCAGGGGGACAGCGGCGGCCCCCACGUCACGCGCUUCCGGGACACCUACUUCGUCACGGGCAUCGUCAGCUGGGGGGAGGGCUGUGCGCGCAAGGGCAAGUACGGCGUGUACACCAAGGUCACCCACUUUCUCAAGUGGAUCGAGAAGUCCAUCCGCCUGCUGGAGAGCGCGGGGCCGGGGCCCACGCGGGACCCCACGCAGGGCCCAGCCCCUGCCCAAUAAAGUCUCCC